AUGGCUUCCCGCAGGUUGCUCAGUCUCCCGCAUGAGAUUCGACACCUUAUCUAUCAAGCGUACUUCACUCUCGAUGGCGGAUAUGCCUUCCAGCCUGGAUCUGGCAAACUCGCCGCCGCCGAUGGACAACCUCUGGACCUCGCCCUCAUGUACACGUGCCAGCUUAUCGCUUCCGAAACGAAGAACCUUCCAUUGAAGCACAACGUUGUGUCGUUCUCGACCGUAUACCAUCCCGAGUGGCGUUCGUGGGCCGGCCGAUUCGAUUACUUGCUUCGUACCCAAUACUUCAUGCAAACACAUAUCCUUGUUGAGCUCGGAAGCUUGGGAUACGUCACCCCCGCCAUUUACGAAGAGAUAGGGAGAGAAUUUCCCUGGUUUGUGCCGAAGCUUCAACAGGCUGUGAGAAGCCCUGAGCAAUUUCGGACAGUCUAUUCAGGCCGAUACUUGGAUGAGGUUGCCCGGGGCAGAGAGUGGAAAGUCUAUCGCACAGUCACGUCCCGAGAACGAGUCUUUUGGGGCACGUCAGGUCCACGCUACGAACUCUCCCAAGCCGUCAAAUUUGCACUGAGACUAGUUGCCCAGAAGCUGGAAACAUGCCCAGGAAGCCGUUCGGCUCAGUCUAUAGUAGGUUGGCAAGGAGAUCGCAAAGACCUGCUCGACUUCCUCGACGAAUGCUUUGAGCCCUGGGACAUACCUUCAUGGUCGGACCUGGAAGCGAUGGGCCAGAGACUGGGGGACGAGGAAAAAUGGGAUAGACUACAGUUAUGGGAGGUGGAUCGUUGGGGAAGGUUCACUGUUGCCCAUCGCUCCAAAUAUCGGUUCUCAGCUGCCGCUGUCGCCAUUCGUUUCUUGCGCCAUCUACCUCUUAGCAAACGAUUGUCCUUGAGAGCAAUAAUAUUGCGCGAAGACCACAUCGCGGUGGGGCUCCAGGAACGUCAUUCCAAUGGUUUCAUCCCUUUCCUCCAGGAAAAUCCACGACUCCGAAUUGAGCAUCGUGUCAGCAUGCUGACCAAUAUUCUUCAGGCGGCCAAUAUCUUCGAUGACGCCUACCUCUACAAGAUGCAGGCCGAUGAAUCCGACGAGCGAGACAAGAAUUUCCUGGGUAACCAUGUUUUCCGGGAGUUGAGCCACUGGUCGGUUAAAGCUCUGGCUACACUUGAUGCUGUGAAAGCCCUGGCAGUCCUCACCAAUGAAAGUUCUAUCCUCCGCUGCAACUUCAAUCCUGGACAAGUGUGGAGCGCCGAUAAGUUCAUCAAAGACUUUCAAGGGCACGAUGGCGCCACGAAACGUGGCAGGUCUGAACUGUAUCAAAAGUACAAUACCCGCGAGAACUUCGGGUAUGCUCCGCCAAUCCCUCUAUCAAGAUGGGAGGACCUCAUGAUGGACAAUUGCGAGAGUCGUGAGAUAUUGACACACCGCGACCGUCGGGAGGCCGGCAUUGCUGCCCAGGAUCUCCCUCCGGACUAUGGCAACGUGGAACUAAACCGGCGGGCCCGGUCACAGUUCCUCAACUCGAGAUAG